GCCGACACCAGAACUAAAAUUAGGCUUUAGUCAGACUGGCGUGUGUUUGUUUACAGUUGAGUUUUACACUACAAGAGCGCAACAUGAAAUCGACUUGAUCUGAACGGAUGAUCUGAACUUGAUCAUCCUUAUAGUAGGUCAAGUGUAAGAAGUCAUUUUCGUAAUUUGCAAAUAAUGCCACUUUCGAACCGUUACUUUUUGAAUGUAGAGAGCACACGAUUUCAGCAAGAAUGAUUUUCAAAUGUGGUCCACCUGUCUUCCAGAAUGACUAGUCUUACAAAGAGAGGUGCCCUAAUAGUAUUUGAAGGAUGUGAUAGAUCUGGAAAAACUACCCAGUGCAAGAAACUCGUUGAGAAUCUAAGAAAUAAGGGCAUUACUACAGAAUUUCUGUGUUUUCCCGAUCGGUCGACCGCCAUUGGUAAAGUGAUUGACUCAUACCUGAAAAAGGAGGAAGAACUCCCAGACAGGACCAUACACCUUACAUUUGCUGCAAAUAUAUGGGAAAAUGAACCAAAAAUAAAAUCUGCAUUACAAAAUGGAGUUACGCUGGUUAUUGAUCGAUAUGCAUAUUCAAAUGUGGCCUAUUCUGCAGCAAAGGAGGCAAUGGACUUUAAAUGGUGCACCUUACCUGGGACUGGGUUGCCAAAGCCAGAUGUAGUUUUCUUUCUGGAUAUGAACAUGGAAGCAAUGGAAAAGCGUGGUGGAUUUGGUUCAGAGAGAUAUGAAACAACAAAUUUCCAAAGAUCAGUUUAUAACAACUUCAAGAAGCUAAUUGACAAUAGUUGGAAGGUUUUGAAUGCUGACCAAAAGAAAGACAUUUUACAUGAAGAAAUACUUACAAAUGCUCUAAGUAUAAUAGAAAAUGUGAAAAAUUCUGAAAUUGGUUAUCUGUGGUAGCUUUCAUUUCCAGAGAAGGGUGAUUGUCAUAGUUCUCCAGUUGCUGAUAAUGAGAAUAUCACACAGUUAAUAUACGUGUAAUGUAAUUUGCUCAUUUUUAUAUAUUGUUAUUGUUUGCCCUUUCUGCUGAAAGGCAAAGUGAUUUUUAAUAUGUAAGUGUUGAAUUAAAGAGAAAGAGAGUAUGUGGCAGAGGAGACAGUACAUCUAAUAA